GCCGCGUGGGUUCGCCUCCCGGGGACUCCGCGCGAGUGUUGCUGCGGCCGUCGUAAUGACCAAAAUCAAGUCCGACCCGGACGGGCCAGAGGCGUCGGCGGAGGCGUGCGCCGGCGGGGAGCGCACUUACUACGAGCUGCUGGUCAACCUGAACCCCAUCGCGCAGCCCCUGGCCUCCCGCCGCCUCACGCGGAAGCUCUACAAGUGUAUCAAGAAAGCCGUGAAACAGAAGCAGAUUCGGCGUGGUGUGAAAGAGGUUCAGAAGUUUCUCAACAAAGGUGAAAAAGGGAUCAUGGUUUUGGCAGGAGACACACUGCCCGUUGAGGUGUACUGCCACCUCCCUGUUAUGUGUGAGGACCGGAACUUGCCCUAUGUCUACAUCCCCUCUAAAACGGACCUGGGAGCAGCAGCCGGCUCCAAGCGCCCGACCUGUGUCAUAAUGGUCAAGCCCCACGAGGACUAUCAGCAGGCCUAUGAUGAGUGCCUUGAAGAAGUCCAGGCCCUGCCCCAGCCGCUGUGAAGGACGCUGGCAGCUACUUGGCGCCUGUUCUGGAAGCAGGGAGCCAACUGGCUACCCACACGCUCAGCAUCUCUUCGGUUGCCUGAGGCAUGCACUCUUCCCAGGCUGCUAUUUCAUGAGGAUGGAGCCAGCGGCUUCUCAAUCAGCACUGUCUCCUGGUGUGCUCACAGGAAGACAGUUCCAAGACUCUGGUGUGGGGGAAGUAAAUGCUCAGACUGAAAUGACAUGUGA